GUGUGUGCGCUUCCGCGAAGGUCCGCUUCGUGCGGAGAGAAGCGGGAGUGUCCUCACUGCCUGCGGAACCGGGCGUCUGAGGCGGAACGUGCGCACACGCGCUUCUGUAUCCGCGGGUGAGCAAUGCGCACGCAUCCUUGCGCCAGCGGCUCCGUGGGGACCGCCGGAGUGCGCCCGAAACUGGGAAAGGUUCCUCAAGAUGUCAGCUUCAGUCCCACGAGGCCAUAACUGGACCCGGCAGCUGAAGAAGGACGAUGAGGAAGAAGACCCGCUGGACCAGCUGAUCACCCGCUCUGGCUGUGCCGCCUCCCACUUUGCAGUGCAGGAGUGCAUGGCCGAGCACCAGGACUGGCGUCAGUGCCAGCCCCAAGUGCAGGCAUUCAGGGACUGCAUGAGUGCACAGCAGGCGAGACGGCGAGAGGAGCUGCAGAGGCGGAAAGAGCAAGCGAGCACUCAACACUGAGACCCUAACCACCAUCCCCACAGGCUGGCCCUGAAGAAGCAAGCACCCAGGAGACCCUGGAAGAAGAAACCCAGUAGUAGAAGUGUGCAGCAGGAGGUAUAAAGCUUGGGGACAGUCUUUGGGACUCGGGUUGAAAGCCGGACACCUGCGCUUGCACAUAACCGUCCCAUGAGCUGUUUUGUUCUAUGGUCAGAUCACACGUAUGUUCACUUUUCCUGUUCCAUCAAUAUCUGUAUUUAAAACAAAGAGUGGGGUAUAGGCUGCACCUUCCGCCCUGCCUCUUGAGUCAGUGUGCCAAGCACUUUAAUAGUAAAUUCACAACCUAAAGGCAAAUCAGUUGCCUUCGUUUUUCAGCCACAAAAUUAACAACAGAAAGUGUUUGUAAGCCAUUGUGUUAAUAGUGUGCAAUUUGAAGAGUAAUGUGACCUUGCUGUUGCUCAGCGACUAGUAUGAGAGGCAGAAAUAAAGUCACACUCAAACAGCAAACUCAA